CACAGAGUAGCAAAACGAAAAAGAAGAAGGAGAUCAAGAGAGAGAGCAAGAACAGAGCUGAAUAAAAAAAAGAAGAAAAACCCUUAAUGGCGACGUUUCUCAUUAAAUGAGUGUAUUUGUACUGCAUGAGAGUGCUUGUGCUGUUUUCGUGCACGAACGGAAUUUUCUUUAUUUCAAAUUUGAUUUUUCGGCCUCAUCAAUAACCAGCAAAUCAAUAACACAACAUUUCUAUUGACGACGGCGAAAAAAAGGUUUUUACAUUUAUUUUUCAUUGCGACAACAACGACGAAGACAACAUCGACUGUUUUUGACAUUUAAUUAAAGAUCGAUGCUACGAUGCCAGUUUGGAAAAAAAAUUGGCAAUGUUUAGUCUGCAUGGCAUUGAAUUUAUACAAUAAACAAUAAUAACAUUGGGGGGAGAGAGAGAGAGAGAGAGAGAGAGGUCGAAAAAGAAAGAGAAAUACAUAUAUUGCGGGAAUUAAAAGCAAACCAACCGCUCGAAGUAGCGGCGCUUGAAAUUGCCGUAUUUAUUUGACGUACUUGUUACUCAGGGUAACAGUUUUAAAAACAAACGGUUUUUGUUGCAAAAACACAUAAUGGCACAUUUUCAUCAUCGAAACGCACAGCAAAUUAUCCGAUUGCAUAGUGGCAUAUUGCUCGGAUUCAUUGUGCUAACGAUAUCAACAAUUAACAACGCAUCUACCAUUCAUCGGCAAUCACGUGAAAUAGACAGUGAAACGCAAAUUACAAUAAAACAUUCGGCGAUGAGCAGCGGCAGCAGUGUCAUCGCCAACAAAAAUGACACAAUUAGUAGUUCAAAUAGUAAUAGUAGCCAUGCAUAUGAUUAUCAUCAUGAUGGUGUUGAUAAAUUGGUCAUCACCUCUGGAGCCCAUUCACUUCCUGUUGUUGCGCCAGCCGAACCAAAAAGACGAUUGAAGUGUCACUGUGAUAGUUGCCCGCAAUCAGUAUGUGAAACGGAUGGUUUGUGUUUCACAGCGGUGGAAAAGCGCGAGAAUGAAUUUUUAUAUUCGUACAGCUGUCUUGAUCGAUCAAAUUUUUUUCCACCGGGUCGUUCGUUUUGGUGCAAUAGCAAAGGUCCAACCGCGCGUCCAGUAUCAGAAAUUGCUGGUCAUGCAUGUUGCAGUACUGCCGACUUCUGUAACAAACACUUGAGUCCGACUCUUCUUGAUUAUCGCAAUAGUACGCUCACCGAAUACACUCAAGAAAGUUUUUAUUCGGAGUUAACAACAUGGGAUUUGAUCUUCAUGAUCUUUGGUGCAACAUUUUUAUUUUGUAUGGUGACACUUUCAAGCUACUGGUAUAUGCAGCGUCGUAAGCGUGGCACUGGAAUGCGACCAUUUUCACCAUCCGAAGAUUCGGUAUGUGAUCCAAUUCUCAAUGGCAAUACAAUUCAAGAUAUAAUCGAAAUGACAACAUCCGGAUCGGGAUCAGCUGGUCUUCCGUUACUGGUUCAACGAUCGAUUGCACGCCAAAUUCAGUUGAUCGAAGUCAUUGGCAAAGGACGAUUUGGCGAAGUAUGGCGUGGUAGCUGGCGCGGUGAAUUUGUUGCCGUAAAAAUAUUUUCGAGUCGUGAGGAAUGCUCAUGGUUUCGCGAAGCGGAAAUCUAUCAAACGGUUAUGUUGCGACACGAAAACAUUCUUGGUUUCAUUGCAGCUGAUAAUAAAGAUAAUGGAACAUGGACUCAAUUGUGGUUGGUAACCGAUUUCCAUGAGAAUGGUUCUCUAUUCGAUUUUCUAACAAUGAGAACGGUAGACACAAAAGUCAUGCUGGCCAUGGCACUUUCAAUUGCAACUGGUCUCGCACAUUUGCAUAUGGACAUUGUUGGCACAAGAGGCAAACCGGCGAUUGCACAUCGCGAUUUAAAAUCGAAAAAUAUUUUGGUAAAAUCAAAUUUGACAUGUGCGAUCGGUGAUUUGGGAUUGGCUGUUCGACACGACAUUAAAACCGACACCGUUGACAUACCAUCAAAUCAUCGAGUCGGCACCAAACGAUACAUGUCGCCAGAGGUUCUGGAUGAGUCAAUGAACAUGAAUCAUUUUGAUUCAUUCAAACGGGCCGAUGUUUAUGCAUUCGGUCUUAUUCUAUGGGAAAUAUCAAGACGAUGUAAUUUCGGCGGUGUUUAUGAUGAAUAUCAGCUGCCAUAUUAUGAUAUGGUGCAACCAGAUCCAACGAUCGAAGAAAUGCGCAAGGUGGUUUGUGUGGAUAAACUGAGGCCGAGCAUACCAAAUCGAUGGCAUGUAUCCGAUGAAUUAUCAAUCAUUGCAAAUGUGAUGAGAGAGUGUUGGUAUCAUAACCCUGGCGCUCGACUAACAGCACUGAGGAUAAAAAAAUCGCUGGCAUACCCAAAAAACUAUGACGAAAAAAAUAAAAUCAACUGCACUUAAAUGCAUCUCGUUUUCUGAGGCGUUUCUUCACGAUCUUCGAUUUUAUGUACAUUUUUUCAUCUUGUUUUAUGUUUAUUUUUUUAUAAUUUUUAAAUUGUUAGAUAAAAACUGUUCUCCUUUUUUUCUGUCGAUUCAGAGAGUGUUGUACAUAAGAAUUCAUCAUUAGUUGUUUAGCUUUUAAGUUUUCUAUAUAUAAGAUAUAUGGAACAAAAAUGUGGACACAAUUUUUGGUUCUCAUGUUUUUUUUAUUUUAUUUCUUUUUUCUAAGUUUUUAUGAAAUUAAUAAGAUAUUAUAAUUUAGCAAACAAGAAACACACAAAAGAAAUUAAUUACAAGUAUAAUGGGGCGACAAAAUGAUCGAAUUGAAUUCUCACAUUUCGAUUAUGUCGAACGCAUUUAGGUUGAUAGCAUUCGAAUUAAAAACAUAAUGACCAGAUAAUAUAUUUAGCUGUCGUCAUCUGGAUAUUACAGCUCAUCUGGAUAUCGUCAGCAGAUGAUAUGAAGUGAAAACAAU